AUGGUUUUACAAAAAGAUGAAGAUUAUGUGAAUUUUCAACCUGGUGGAACACAUAUAAAAAAAACAAUCGAACCAGAAUGCACAGAGGAAGACCAAAAAGAAAAUAAAAAGGGUGGACGAUGGAAUACCGUUCGUAAACUUGUGACCAGUGCAAGUCAACAUAUUAAUAGUUCACAAAUGUUGAGGUUAUCUAGCAUUUUCUCUAUAUUAGCUCAACGUCAUAAAAAUGUUAUUACAGCUGGUGAUAUACUGCUCGUUAUGAGAGCAUUAGGUGAUGCAUUAACAGAAGCUGAACUACAAGAUUUGAUCUUUGAGUUAGAUGUUGAUCGAGAUGGGAAAUUAGAUUUUUCAGAACUGUGCGCUUUUGUUGUUGAACGAAUAUACAAGAAGAAAUUAGAUCAUGAUUUUGAAGAAUUAUUUCGAAUACUAGAUCAAGAUGGUGAUGGAACACUGUCAAAAGAUGAUUUACGCAGUAUUUUACGCUAUUUUGAACUGGACUUCAGCGAUGAAAUAAUUGAUGAUAUUGUGAAAGAAAUUACUGGGUUUGAAAAUAACCUUAUUACCUAUUCAGGUAAUGAAAAGACUCAUUAAUUUGACAGUGUUUGAAACUAGUUUGUACUGAAAAUAAUGUUGACAAGGCUUUGUCAUUUACUGCGUCUUAGUUGCAUGUACCUCUGAUAUCUCACAAUUGAGAAAUUCAAAAUUAGGGUACACAGGUAUGCAAUAUGUUCAGAAAUAAUUGGUCUGAAGAUAGAGCUAAUUACAGAACGUAGUGUAGCCAUUUACUCAAUGUACGGGCGCAAUCAAGUUUUUCUAUGGCGAUGACGUCACUCAAGUGUUGAGUCAAAAUCUACUUACUUUAUUUAGCAAUUCUACAGUGAAACGCAGUCAUCUGUUUAUGAUGCUGACUUACAUGGUCUCAAAACUGUAUACUUCUGUGUGAAUUGGACACAUCAAAUCAAAAAAGCUGCUGCUUCCAAUUUUUCAGUGGUUAUUCACCAGAUGUUGUCCUAUAGUGAUAAACAUCUUCAAUGUAAAGUAUCUGUGUCAUGCAACCUGGAUCUACUGAUUUUAAUUGUCGAUAGACCAAGAUUAUAUGAAUAUUGAAUUAAAAUAUAAUGAAUGUGUGUGUAGCACUUUCUUGUAGUUAUUCAAGUGAGAACUUUUAGUAAAGUUUAUUCUUAUAUAUAACUAUUUUGGAAUUCGUAACUAAUUUCACAAAUUUUUAUCUAUUUUAUAGAUUUGUUUAAGUUUAUCAUAGAUUCAGACAAGGAGUUUACUAUUACUGAAAUCUUGAACAAUCCUUUAUAAUAUAUGAAGAGAUAAUUAAACUCCAACUUCGUCAAGAAUUCUUAUUUAUUUGACUUAAUAGAUCGUACUCAAAGAAUUCCAUUAAUAAAUGAUGAAUUGUGUUGGAUUUUUAUUUCUUACAGAAUCUUGUUUCCUAGUUUUAGUAACAAGUAAAUUGAUUUAAAUGUUUGUCUCAGUAAUAAUAUUUGUUUUAAAAAGAUAAAACUAACAUAAAUGAUGUGUUGUUGAUAUAGUAGAUAUGUUAUUG